CUGAUUGAAUUAUAUGACUCUUCUGCAGGAAAAAAGAGUCCAAGUCUCUCCACCAUUAACAAGAGGACCAAGUGCCUUUAUACCUGAGAAUGAGGUGAUGCAAGCAAAUGGUUUGGAUGAACGUACUAAUCUUCUUGUGGAAGAAUACUCUACAUCUGGCCGCCUGGACAACAUCACACAGGUCAUGAGUAUCCACACGCAGUACCUGGAGUCUUUCCUCCGCAGCCAGUUCUACAUGCUGCGCAUGGAUGGGCCCCUUCCUUUGCCAUAUAGGCACUACAUUGCUAUAAUGGCCGCUGCCAGACAUCAGUGUUCCUACCUAAUAAAUAUGCAUGUUGAUGAGUUUUUGAAGACUGGUGGUAUUGCAGAAUGGUUGAACGGUUUAGAAUACAUUCCCCAAAGGCUGAAAAAUCUGAACGAAAUAAACAAACUCCUUGCACACCGGCCCUGGCUGAUCACGAAAGAGCACAUUCAGAAACUUGUCAAGACUGGGGAAAAUAAUUGGUCUCUUCCUGAACUGGUGCAUGCUGUUGUCCUGUUGGCACAUUAUCAUGCCUUGGCAAGUUUUGUAUUUGGUAGUGGCAUUAAUCCAGAGAGAGAUCCGGAUACAUCUAAUGGAGUCAGACUUAUAGCAGUCAACAACUUCUGUGUCUGUGAUCUUGCCAAUGACAACAACAUAGAAAAUGCAUCCCUCACAAGUAGCAACUUUGGGAUUGCAGAUUCCUUAAGUGAGCUGGAGGCCUUGAUGGAGAGGAUGAAGAGGCUGCAAGAAGAUAAAGAAGAUGAAGAAGCCUCUCAGGAAGAAAUGGACACUCGCUUUGAGAAGGAGAAGAAGGAGAGUCUGCUAGUAAUUAGUGGAGCAUUUGAUGAUGAAAUAGUUUCUACAGAUGUCUCCCGCUACGUUGAAGAUCCUGGGUUUGGGUACAAAGACUUUGCACGGCGAGGAGAAGACCAUCUGCCAACAUUCAGAGCUCAGGACUAUACUUGGGAAAAUCAUGGCUUUUCCCUUGUAAACAGGCUUUAUUCUGAUAUUGGGCAUCUCCUCGAUGAAAAGUUCCGGAUGGUGUAUAACCUCACGUAUAACACUAUGGCAACACAUGAAGAUGUUGAUACAACUACGUUAAGAAGAGCUUUAUUUAACUAUGUCCACUGUAUGUAUGGAAUCAGGUAUGAUGACUAUGAUUAUGGAGAAGUUAAUCAGCUACUUGAACGCAGCCUGAAGGUUUACAUAAAGACAGUGACCUGCUACCCAGAGAGAACUACCAAGCGCAUGUACGAUAGUUACUGGCGUCAGUUCAAGCACUCGGAGAAGGUUCACGUCAAUCUACUUCUAAUGGAAGCUCGUAUGCAAGCAGAACUUCUGUACGCCCUUCGUGCCAUAACUCGUCACUUAACCUGAAGCAUUCACUGGGAGGGAGUAAAGGAAUUUUUACUGAGUAUGUAAAGACCUUUUGAAAUAGAUACACACCAGAAGCUGUUUGUGAUGUAGCAUCAGGUUAUUCGAUUCUAUAGUGUCAAAGUUUAGCCGUGUUUCUUGACGGCUGUAAUGUGCAAUGACGUGUUUUAUUUUCUUGAUGCUUAACAUUACUAAUGAUAACAAAAGUAACACUGAGGAGCACUACUCUGCAUUGUUUCCGGUUGGAUUUCUGCACGGUGGUCAGAAUCCUAAAACUCUUUUUAUUAUAUUCAAUUCUAGCGCUUUGUUCUUUAAGCAAGGGAGUGAAGUGCUUAGAGACUUCUUUUCCAAGCAAUCAUUUUUCAGAUUAGUGGAGUCCAGCAGAAGAUUGGUUCUGCCUGUUCUGAGAGCGUGCCACAGCUCAUAACUCUGACAGAGAUGCACGUGCUGUGUUGCAUUGAAUUGCCCACUGGAUUCUUCUGUGUCUCCUGGAGACUGCCUGCCAGCCACUGUCUUACUACAGCAAUUGAAGGUGAUGUGAAAUGUGGAUGCAAACCUUGACCACGCUUUAAUGUGAAAUUAAUCAUGACAAAUUCUACAGCAUGCUACUGAAGUGCAAAAGUCAUCUGCUUUAUUGUGUCUCUUCCCAAGAGGAGAGCCCUCACAAUUUGCCAUUUCAGCUACACUUACUGUGUUUGAAUCAUGCCUAAUCUUGUUUUACUGACAGCCACCCUCAGUUGUCUUUACAAUGUCCAUACUCAUCACAUGUUGCAGUUUGUUGAGUUGGCACCUAUAAAGCUGAUACACAGGCUGACCAAAAAUAGGGUUGUGGGAUUCUUGCACUCUCUUCUUUCUCAAUGUUUAAGUAAGGAAAGUAAAGGAAGGCUAGCGUAUCUGUUCUGUCGUAUUGGAUGUAUAGGAAUUUAUUUCCCAUAGCUUCUUCAUAGCAUGAAAUUUUAAUGUUCAAAGCUUAAAAAGUUUCUAUGCAUUAGUGUGGGUGAACAAAAGAAAAGUGCAAUAUUAAAAAAAGCAAGCUUUUUUCCCUAUCAUGUCACUGCUAAAGUGUCCUUCUUCUAUAGCCAUAAAGAAAUUGUAAAACCAAAUUUCUUUAUUGUCUAAGGCCUAGCAGUUUUGUUUUAGCUUUUGUGGCUUAAGACAACCUGAUACUGAGAUGCCAAAGCAUCCCCAAAACAAAGCAUUCUUAGACAACUGGUCAUAUUGGGGAAGGGAAGAAAUAAGCUGCCAAAAAUGUCACACUUUUGUGCUGUUUUCUGUUGCUUUUGACUAGUUUUAAGAGCACAAAAUGCUGAUAUUUAUAGCUUUAUUUUGUAUUGCAUUUAAUGAACCAGUGAAGUGCCUAAAGAGAAGCUUAAGCUUACCCAGUAGGAUGUAAGUUGUCACUGCAUAAACUUUUGUCUCUCAGUUUGGACUUUCCAUAGUACUCAGAGGAGAGUGACCUUUCUUUCCGUUGCAUACACGCAGAGCUAACUGGAUAGGUUUACAUUAAUAUUCCGUGGUAUUUUAGAAGAUAAUACAGGAUUUCUAUCUGUUGAUCACAGAAUAGUUUUUGAAAAAUGAUAAUAUUACCAGUGCAGUCAUACUUUUCAUUGAGAAAAUCGUGGACCAGUAUGCAUCUGAAAUUGGUUUGCUUCCCUUUUCCCGAGGCUGUGCCGUGACUUCGCAUGUCGGUUUACCCGCUCUGUCCAUCUGCUCCAGCUGGGAAGGCUGAAUGAUUGUACACUUGGCUGCACUUUCCUACUGCAGGUCCUGCAUGUGGAAAGCUUUUGAGGAAGAAAUCAGUAAUGUUUCUUUCUUUUCUGAAAUGUAACGUUGGCUAUUUAGACAACUAUCUGAUAGAUGGCAUCAGAGUCUCUUCUAGAGAGAUCACUGGGUAAAACUUCAGAUGUGUUUAUUUUUAUAGCUGACUGCUAGAGAUCCUUCAGAAGUGUUAGGACAUAAAGAUAUAUGAACUUAGAUUAACUUUCUUAUUCCUACCUAUUGUAACUGUAGUGGCCACACCAAAUGGCUUUUGUGCAUACAGCAGGUCUUCUGAGAGGCCUUUUCAUGCAAUACUUCUGCUUUUUUUUUUUUCAAGUGAUGAGAACUGUACAGUACUACUUUAAAUUCCUUUGCUUUGAAAAGUCAAGUAUUUCUCAAGAAGCACAGCUGAGCUCUGGAAAGGAGGUGAAACUACAUUUGGGUAAGGAAUAUGACCUCUUAGUUUCCCUUCAGAAAUGCGAAGGUUCUUUGAGUAGGUUGGGUUUUGUGUUUGGAAACAUGAGUGCCUUUACUUCUUUCCUUAUGAAAUAUACUUGCCAACUCAGAUGCCUUCUGAGCAAAGUACAUGAGCAGAUUUGAAAAAUAGAAACCAUAAAUGGAUCGCUCCAUAAAAUUUGUAGUAAAUCAGUAAUCUUUUUCUUUAAGUGCCAUAUCAAGUCACAUAUGGCCUGCGAGACAUUCCACUGUAGGAAAUGUCAAGUAGUUUGCUGUUUCUUUUUUUUUUUUUUAAUAUUAAAAGCAAACUUGAAACUUCUGAAAAUGUUUUCCAUGUGGCACUUUUUUUUCCAGAGUAUGGCAUUUACAGCAUAACAGUUUAUAGCUUAGUUCUUAUACUCAGAUUUAUGAUUUCUAAUAGACGUUUGUUCAGAAUAGGUCUUUAAAGUCAUACAGUUCUACCAUAUGCUUCAUGCAUGCUUUGGGCUCGCACUGUGCCAAAUUUUCACAUGCAAGUGUUCUUGGAGUUUUUGCAUUUUGAAAGCACUCAUGAAUGUGAAUCUUCACGCUUUGAUCAUUAAUAUUAUUCUGAAGAAUACAGUAAUUGUUGGAAGCGUAGAUACUCUCCAUCUGUGUUCCUUUAUUGGAAUUGAUAUUUACCAGCAUUAAUGUUAAUGCACAGAAUCCCAGCUGUGACCAUCAUAAAACAAAGUGUGCAGUCUCCUGACUGUGAAGAGAAAGCUCGUUAGGUACAAAUUAACUAGCUAGCAUAGGGAAUGUAAGUAGGGAAUAGAGCUUUUGAGCUGGGACAGCUUCUUAUCAUUGCAGAAUCACUCUAAGAUGUGUGUUCUGAUAGAUUGAUAGAAUACAUUAUCACUGAAACUGUUCCUUUUUUUUUCUUGGUAAUGGAGAGAAGUGGAAAAGGUAGUAAUUGGAAGAAACAUUUGCAUUUCCCAGAAUAUUCUGCCCGCAGCUGAACAUCACAAGAGUGUCAUCAUGCUGGAGCAGAGACCAUUUUAAACGGAGGUAGAAUUUGGGAGUAGUGAAAGUAGUGUUGAGGUAGCCUAUGAAAAUUUUGGUAAGCUGUAAUGGAUUUAUUUUUAGUGGUUCAAAAAUCCUAAAGCCUUCAUUAAAAUGAAGAGGAUGUACUUUCAGCUUUAAGAACUAGCAGAUUGCCACAUCAGCUUUUCCCAUGUAUUAAAAAAGUCCUUAAAGCACAGGAAAAUCCAUGAUUCUGAACAACUAAAAAUGUAGGGCUCAGUACAAAUUUAGAACAGAUUAGAGCUGAACACAGAAGAACACAUUUUGCUUCUCUCUCACUUGAGUGCAGAAGGUCACAGCACCAGAUUCUUCAGUAGUAGUUUUGUUCGUAGCAAUGCUGAGAGAUGCUUUCAUGGGAUUGGGGAAGAGCAGCGUGUUGCCAGAAUUUCAGUGGGAAUUUAAGCAACUCAGCACUCAGCAAAAUUCUACAAGGUGCCCACUUGCAUUUUUGAGUCAGAGUUUUAAAGAUACUUAAUCACCUACGAUCAAUAGAAUACAAGCAGUUUCUAUAGAGAUUAAGGGAAUAAUAUGAAGCAGAUCCAUGUGAUUUGCAGCAAUUGUUAACAAAAUGGGUUUUUGGGGAGGCUUAAAAUAGAGCAAUCUUUCCAAAAGAAGUUAAACUGUAAGCUGCUGCUCUUGCAAAACAGGUUUUUGUUUCUCAUGCUUGUGUGUUUUCCAUGGACAUCGGCAUGCACUUCAGGUUCAUAUUCCAGAGUUUGGACUCCCUUUUUGAAGAGCUGGAUUAUUUCACCUCUGCUUGCAGAAAAGAUCAGCUGCCAUUAGCAAAUAGAUAGCUUGUGCCAGGACUUAAGAGUUUUGGCCAGGUGAAUGUAUUCCAGAUCUUCUUAAAUUCAGCUGAUUUUCUUUCAGAUGCUUUUCUUAGGUAGUCAGAUCCUUCUCCCCUAAAUAAGGGAUGAUGUUGCACAAAAUAGAGGUGGGGUUGAAUUCAUAGUAAGGGAACUUUCCCAGUACUGAUCUGAAUAUAUCUGUUAGAAUUGGUUUGCCAUUAACUGUCAUUCCAAGAGCUGGACAAAAAUGUCAGUUUUCCCCACCUGAGCUUUAGACUUAUUCUUCCUAAUGUAGCCAGCAUGGUAUGGUGGUCUAAAGAGAUGCACUCACCAGUUUUUUCACCUUUGGAAAUUUUAAAUGUAGCUUUUUAUCUGCAGUUGAAAAUUAAUUUGACAUUUCAUACCUACUGCAUGGAUCACAGUGGUGGGAGAUGGAAAUAGCACAGUAACAUGAGGAAACUUGAGGUGCAUCUUGAAUGGUGUUGAUUUAUUUCUUAGAGCAAGUUUUCUUGCUAUGCCAUCAUGCAGCUGCUCCCUCACAUGCAUCAGAUCUCUCUUGCAGACAUUUAAUUCUUCUGCUGUUCACCAGAGGCAAAACCUGUUGUUUCUCAGCCUGCUGCCACCACCCCACCUUACAUGCUUCUUAUCAUCCCAACUCACAGCCCUCAGCUUGCAGAGACAGCCUUACAGCCAUAACCUUGUAAAACAGUGUAAAACAACGUGCACUUCUUACAUUACCAUUCAUUGCUGAGUUCAGAGGACCUUUCUCCUGUUCAGAAACACUUAAUUCCAGGAUCAGGUUAUUUCUGGACAGGAAAUCUGAAUCUAGUGUAAAGUAUGGCACUUAGUACUUGCUUAAAACAUUGAAGUAGUUUUUGCUAGUAUUGCAUCAUGUUCCAUCUGUGGAAUUAGAGGAAUAAUCCAGUGGAUCCACUGACAAAAUGCUUUCUUUGGCAAAACACGCCUGUUUGAGCCUUUGAGCUGGGCAGGCUUCUUACAGGGAGCUGUCAUGGGAAUUUUGAGUUGCUCAUGUGCAGAGUGGAUGGGAAUAGGGCAGGCACCAGCAGGGCCCUUCCAAGCCGUGUUCCCCAUAAUCGGACAGACACAGAUGGCUUUCAGAACAAAUGGAUUUGGGUUUUUCAUUUAUUCGAGGGAUAACUCUGAUUGCAAACUUAGAGUAGUUACUUGAGAUACAGACACAUUUGGAUGUUGAUCAGAGCUCAUGGAAGAUAGGAAUUCAAAUUCUGCCCUUGUUACAGUAGGUAGAGCCAGUAUUUAAGUUGCCAAUGAAUAUACUAAAUGUGGGCAGAAGCUCUAGCUGUAGGAAUCAAAAACAGGCUUUCUGGAAGGGAUAUACCUGGUAUAGGAGGAUGUUGACAUUUCAGUCAGUUAGAGAAGCUUCAUUGAUGUGUCUAAAAGGUUCGUAUGCAUGUCCAUGUGUAGAGGAGGCAGCAGGAAAUACCUUCUUCCAAGAUUUCCUCAAGGAUGAAACACCAAGCUGCUCUGGAAAGCUUUUCCCUUUUCUUACUCCAUGGAUGGAGAGGGGAAGGGAACCUUCCUCAUGUGGCUGCAUAAAGCAUGCUCCUCAUUCACCACUCCAUGCUCAUGCCAUGCCACCAGAUGCAAACCAGCCUUUCUGCUUCCCUCCCCAUCCGUUGCCAGGCCAGUGGGGCUGCAGGCCCAGAGGGGCUGAAGGCCCAGAGAAGUGGUGGGUGCCCCAUCCCUGGAGGAAUUCAAGGCCACAUUGGAUGGGAUCCUGGGCAGCCUGAUCUGGUGGAUGGCAAUCCUGCCCAUGGCAGAGGGGUUGGAACCAGUUGGGCCUUGAGGUCCUCUCCAACCUAAGCCAUUCUAUGAUUCGGUUUUCCUAUGAGACACUCCAGCAUCCAGGGCAAAAAGAUGUUCCCACAGGGAAACCAAAAUGAUUAGGCUGCAUCCCUUGGACUCUGUGAGGAGGCACAGGCACCAAUAUUCCACGGCUGUUGAUUGGAACUGGAUUUAAACAGUAGCUUAAAAAAAUAGGAAUUCUGUAAACUUGAAAUCUCUCAGUUUUACCCUUUCUCCUUUUGCUGGAGAGCUAUAUAAUGAAUGUAUAUGCUUUAUCUUUCUAUCCGACGUAACUGAAAAUCAGACUGCCAACUUCUUGUUUUGUAUUAGCCUCUUUUCUUUUUUUUUAGGAAAAAAAAGUUUGUGAGCAAUAUAUGUAGCAUGCUGUGAACGUCUGUUUUGAUCUUUAUAGUUACUCUUUAAUUCAUCAGUAUUAACACCAGUUCUUUUUUGUGUUUCCCUUGGUACUUUGUAUGCAGUGUAAUCAGAAGCUGUGAUGGGCUCUGCAGUCCCGUGCUUUGUUACUGUAACUCCUUGAUUUCUAUGAAGCACCUGACUGUGGGCCACUGGGCAGGCAGUGCGGCCGUACAGCACUGCCACUUUUCAAUCUCUUGUACUAUGUAUAGUUUUAAGUAGAAUAAGCUUUUUAACAGAAUAUUGAUGCGGUUUAUGAUUCACACCGGCUGCGAGCGUCUGGUGAGUGAGAGUCUUUGUAUUUAUAGUUGUUGGGGGGGAGGGGGUUGUUUUGUUGUUCUUUUUUUUUUUUUUAAAUUCAUAAGG